CAAACCGGUAACGGUUAACCAUGCGGUUUUGAAUCGGUUUUUUCUAAAUAGGACGAAAAGUUGUCACUUAACUUGGGCAGACACACCUCGAUCUCAUCGAAUCUCCUCUUACAUAUCACUUCACAGCUCACACCAAACAAACCUACUCCCCUCUUUCCUCUCUCUCUAAGCUCUCUCAGAAAACAUUAGAAAGGUCGUGAGAAUGGCGGCGACAGCAGCUUCAAGCUUGCAAUUUGCUACAAUAAGGCCAAGCAUCUCUAGCAAAGUUGUUAAAGCAGGGACCUACAUUGUCGGUGCCAAUCCCAGGAACGCAUCAUGGGACAAACUUGCCUGCACUCGCCAUCUAUCGAAACACGGAUGUUUGAGAAACAACAGUUCUCUUCCAACUUCUAAAAAGAGUUUUUCCUUUUCAACAAAGGCCAUGUCUGAAUCCAGCGAGAACAAGGCUUCUUCUGGACUUCCUAUUGAUUUGAGAGGGAAAAGGGCUUUCAUUGCUGGUAUAGCUGAUGAUAAUGGAUAUGGUUGGGCCAUAGCCAAAUCUCUUGCUGCUGCUGGUGCUGAAAUAUUGGUUGGGACAUGGGUUCCUGCACUUAACAUUUUCGAGACGAGCCUGAGACGUGGAAAAUUUGACCAGUCACGCGUGCUGCCUGACGGGUCAUUGAUGGAGAUUAAAAAGGUUUAUCCUUUGGAUGCUGUGUUUGACAGUCCUGAAGAUGUGCCUGAAGAUGUGAAAGCGAAUAAGCGAUAUGCUGGAUCAUCAAACUGGACAGUACAGGAAGCUGCUGAAUGUGUUAGAAAAGAUUUUGGAACCAUUGACAUUCUUGUCCACUCACUUGCAAAUGGGCCCGAGGUUAGCAAACCUCUUCUGGAGACAUCAAGAAAAGGCUACCUCGCUGCUAUCUCUGCUUCGAGUUACUCUUUUGUUUCCCUCCUCAGGCAUUUCCUGCCAAUUAUGAACCCAGGAGGUGCUUCUAUAUCUCUUACUUACAUUGCUUCUGAAAGGAUCAUUCCUGGGUAUGGUGGGGGUAUGAGUUCUGCCAAAGCCGCACUAGAGAGUGAUACACGGGUGCUUGCAUUUGAAGCUGGAAGGAAACAAAAAAUUAGGGUCAACACCAUCUCUGCAGGUCCUUUGGGAAGCCGAGCAGCGAAAGCAAUUGGCUUCAUAGACACCAUGAUUGAGUAUUCAUACAAUAAUGCGCCUGUUCAGAAAACAUUGACCGCAGAUGAAGUUGGGAAUGCAGCAGCCUUCUUGGUAUCUCCAUUGGCCUCUGCCAUAACCGGUGCAACCAUCUAUGUUGACAAUGGCUUGAAUUCAAUGGGUGUUGCCAUCGACAGUCCAGUUUUCAAAGACCUCAAAUAGAGCCUUUUAAGUAACUGUAGUAACUCACUUUUUCUUGUGCUGCAUUUUUUUCAACUGAGUGGAUGCUGUUUUUCAAACUACUUUGUUUUCUAGAACAAAAUAAAAUAUUUAAAACAAUCAGAAUAAAUUCCAGUCAAAUAUUUAUUGGAUUUGAA